UCUACACUCAAGUGGGUCUCGAACUGAUACUUCAUCAUCCCAACUUCAUCCAUUAUUAAUUAAAAUUGUUUACAGAAGUGUUACUUUCUCCAAAGGCAGCUCAUAGAAGCCGCAGAGCCGCAUCGAAAUUUGCGACAUUGGACUUAGGUUCUGAUUCCUUCAUGUCACGAGGUGCUUUUCAUGUCGUUUUGAUGGCGCCGGGCCUUUGCCAUUUUUCAGUUCACCCUCUCCGCUCCGCGAUCAUGCGCGGCAUGCUUGGCAUGGAGACGCUCUCAGAAGUACCUGAGUGGGAUCUGGAGCGUUGGGAGAGGGAUGAGAAGAGGGCUUCCAGCUUACUGCGGCGAAGUGCCCUGGCCGCACUGGGCGCUGGCAUGGCCUUCGGCUUGGCGCUGGCUGCGUGGAUGACGCCCAAGGAGGGCUUGGAUUUGCGCCUUUUAGCGGCAGACCCCGCUUUGCCGGAAGGCUGCUUCAAGCAUGGCGUUUUGGUGCACCCGCCGAAGAAUGUGGGAAGUUCCAAGACAUACGAGGCGAGCCCUCGAGAUUGUCAGCUGCGGUGCGCGAGUAGCAUGCCCUGUGCAGAGUUCAGCUGGUGGCCAGACGGAAGCUGCAUUCUGUCCGAUCAGAAGUCCAUUGUCAGGGCGGCGCAGCACAAGUCGUUUGGUGCAGUGAUUGGUCCGCGCUCCUGCGACGAGCGACCAGUGACCUACGAGGUGGCUGUCCGGACGGCAGAGGCGCCCGUCGUCAUCGGGAUCCACGGCAGAACCUGCUCAGCCUACGCACAGUGCGUAGAGGAAGGCAUCAUCGAGGGCAACUGCUGCCCUAACAAUGAGCUGGUGAGUCUAAGCUGCUGCAACAGUUCACCGCCUCCAGUCAGAAAGCCGAUCUACAGCAUGGGCGCAGAAUGCUCGGCCUUUCCACUGUGUGCCGCAGCGAACAUGACGGGUGCUUGCUGCCCUACCACGAGUGGUGUCCGACUCCAAUGCUGCCCUGCAGAGACUGACUUUUAGUGGUCAUCGAGUGCGAUGCUGCAGCAGUUGGACAUGAACUCGGAUUACAG